AUGUCAUCAGCAACAUCUCCACCACCCAUCUUCCAGACCGACACCAUCCCGUCCAGCAUGACACUGCCUCCAGCUACACCAACUCCUCUGAAGCGGAAGCCAUCAGGCAACUCUUCUCCUCCUCGGGAGUCUCCAAAGAGACCAAGACUGUCCACCGAGGAGACCCUACACCCUACAAAGCACUACGCCGUAUACUCCCACAACCUCCUCGAAGAACCGGGCACCGCCAGACCCCAGCUCCUCAGCGCAUCCCCCGUCUUCGAGACCACCCAAAAGGCCAUGCGUGACCACGCUACCCAAGCAAUCGAAGCAAACGUAAAAUGGGGCGGCACCAAAGAGCUCAGCACCAACCGACUCUACGAGAUCCUCGAUAGCAAAAACCAUGUGGUUCUACGCUACGAAAUGGAUAUUGUCUUCCCCGCUGGUGAAGACGCGGACAGCGUGAAGCAGUGGAGCCGCGCAAGCGAGCUGGACGCUUUACCAGUACAGUACGGUCUGUGUGUGGAGUAUCUGAAUGACAACUACGACGAGGAAGAGGGGGUAGAGCGCUCCCUGGUGGUCACUUUUGGUAGUCUAGGCGAGGCCAAACACGCCAUGAAAAAGUCGGCGGCGGCGUACAUUGGCAGCUCAAGUGGACUCAAGGUAUCUGAAAGGCGGAUUGAGAUGGUAGGGGAGGAGGGAGAGAUUCUUCGACGGUGCAAGAUCGAAGAGGGGAGGAGAGAUGCCCAGGGUAGGUUUAUAAGGGAAGAAGACUUGUUUUUUGAGCUGAGCGGUGCAGAAUCGAGGGUGCCUGGCGACCUUCCACCCGCGCCCGAGGGAUUGGAGUCAUCUGCACCGCCAUCUCCUCAGCCGAUUACUGCUCCUGCCAUUACUGCAGUUGUACGCCAAGCUAUACCAGAAGUCGCAUCAAACAGUCCCGCUCCCGCGACACCCGAAUCAGAAGCGGCUCCCGGCACUCGCCGCCAGUCUACUCGGAUUAAGGUCGAGACCCAGGCUGCUAAAGAUAUGAAAGAAGAACAGCUUAAGAUCGAGCCCAAGCCCAAGCCCAAGCCCAAGCCCAAGCCCAAGCCCAAGCCCAAGCCUCAGCCUAAACCAAGGGCUCUAGCCAGACCCAAGGCUCCAGCUAAGCCGAAAGCCGCAGCCAAACCGAAAACCCCAGCUAAAUCCAAGACCAAAGCCCCAGCUCAAGAUCCGGUCGACACAGCCUCUCACUGCACCUGUCGCGGCCUUGACGAUGGUAGUCUAAUGAUAGGCUGCGAUAACGACGCUUGUCCAAUUGGAUGGUAUCAUGGUCGUUGUAUCGGCAUCUCCAAGCCGAUUCCAAAGAACAAAGAAUGGUAUUGUGGUAUGUGUACGAAAGAGAUGCAGAACAAUAAGGAUACGGGUGUUGCGACGGUACAUGCGAAGACGUCUGCGAAGAAGAGAGGUGGCGGUGCUGGCGUAAAGACAAAGGCAAAGGCGAAGGCGAGGAAGAGGAAGUAG